UGGAAGCUGCCAGCCCUGGAGCGCACAGUGAAGAUAAUCGCAGGUGGUAAGGGUCACAAUCUGCUGACAAAACGCAUCGGAAGCAAGUGUUCUUUUGUGUCCGACCUGGCAGUAAUUUCACUCAGGUUUAUGGUCCAAUCGUGUCGCGUCCAUCGAGGUUGUUGCUGUUUCUCCUCUCGAUGAUCUACAAUGCGGUCCUCCGCUUGGUUCGUCGCCAGUUGCGCUCUCAUCCUCUGCAAGCUCCGGUUGAAUGACGGGGCCAAAGGACAGCGGCAGUGUGCUGAGACUGAUUACUACUAUGAGUACACGGAGUGUGACAGUACAGGGUCACGGUGGAGAGUGGCCAUCCCACAGAACCCUGGCUCCUGCACUGGACUGCCAGAGCCAGUACGCGGCACAGAGUGCACCUUCUCAUGCAAAGCUGGUGAGUUCCUUGAGAUGUCGGCUCAGGAGUGUACCCAGUGUGCGGCCGGAAGCUACUCACUCGGCAGCGGUAUACGUUUUGACGAAUGGGAUUCUUUGCCUGCUGGAUUCAGUAGCUUGGCAACAUCCCUGGAAAACAAUCCCCGUGAAGAUGAGAGGUUUACCUGCAACAGUUCUUCAUGGUUGCCUCAGGGAAACUAUCUCGAGUCCAACAGGGAUGAAUGCACAGUUUCUCUCAUCUACGCCGUCCAUCUGAAAAAACAGGGAUCUGUCAGCUUUGAAUACCAGUAUCCAGACAACAACCUGCUCUUUGAGUUUUUUAUCCAAAAUGAUCAGUGCCAGGAGAUGGAUCAGUCUGCAGAUGCGAAGUGGCUCAAGCUCACUAAUCACGGCGAAUGGGCGACUCAUACGGUGAACCUGAAAUCUGGAACCAACAUCCUGUACUGGAGGACGGGAGGCGUUGUAAUGGGGAGUAAAGUGGUCAAGCCGGUUUUGCUGAAAAAUGUCCAAAUAGAAGGAGUCGCAUAUACUUCGGAGUGUUUCCCUUGUAAGGCCGGGACGUUCAGCCGUGUCCCAGGGUCCUCCACAUGUGAAGCCUGUCCUCGCAACACAUUCUCUGGCCACGGAGCCAGCUCCUGCAGCCCCUGUAACAAUAACACUCAGUAUGCAGCUGAGGGAUCAGCUGCAUGCAAGGACAGACCUCCAUGUUCUAAGAAGGACUAUUUUCAGAUCCACACAGCAUGUGAUCAUCAACGCAAGACACAGGUCAUAUAUAAGUGGAUUGAACCUAAGAUCUGUCUGGAGGGUGUAGCUGGAGCUGAGACUUUGCCGCCAAGUGGAGAGCGAGAGCCCUGCCCUCCAUGCAACCCUGGUUUCUAUAACAACGACACAGCCACCUGCUCGCCCUGCCCGCCUGGGACCUAUUCCGAUGGAAUGAAACCGUGUCAGCCAUGUCCAGCUGGCACUGAACCCACAUUGGGCUACGAGUUUAAAUGGUGGAAUGUUCUUCCUGCAAACAUGAAAACCUCCUGUUUUAAUGUGGGCAAUUCCAAAUGCGACACUAUGAAUGGCUGGGAAGUGGCAGGUGAAUACAUCCAGAGUGGAGCAGGAAGCUCAGAUAAUGAUUACCUCAUCCUUAACAUUCAUGUUCCCGGCUUCAAACUCCCAACUUCAAUGUCAAGUCAUUCAGUGACAGAGUUUGGUCGCAUCACAUUUGAGUUUGAGACUUUGUGCACGGCUGACUGUGAGCUCUACUUCAUGAUGGAUGUCAACAGAAAGAGUACCACAGUGGUGGAGUCAUGGGAGAGAUCAAAAACAAGACAGACCUACACACACAUCAUGACAAAGAAUGCCUCAGUUUCCUACACAUGGGCUUUCCAAAGGACGAACAAACCCUCAGAUCUACGUCGGUAUGUGAAUGACGUGGCACGAAUCUACUCCAUCACAGUGAGUAACGCUGUGGACGGGGUGUCCUCUGAGUGCCGGGCUUGUGCCCUAAGUGCCCAGCCCUCCAGCUCUACAUGUGUACCAUGUCCACCUGGGCACUACAUAGACUCAGACACCAACCAAUGUACAGAGUGUCCACAAAAUACAUACCUCAUCUCACAUGCUACACCCGGCCCAGAUGCCUGCAAACCCUGUGGACCAGCCAGCAUGAGCGAUAAGGACCACAGUUUAUGUUACAGCGACUGCAGGUUCACUCACAUAGAUGGAAAUACCACUCUGACUUAUGACUUCAGCCUACUGGGGUCUGUAGGGUCACUAAUGAACGGUCCAAGCUUCACGUCGAAAGGAACUAAGUACUUUCACCAGUUCAAUAUCAGCCUUUGUGGAGGACAGGGUCAUAUGGCGGAAUGCAUGGACAAUGUUACUGACCUAUCCAUCACUGACUCCCAGAGAGGGAAAGGGGAAGGAGCUAGUUCUGUCAAGACCUUCAUCUGUCAAUCAACCAUCAUCCCAGCCAAUGGACGAGGCUUCCACACAUCACUGUCCUCACAGUCUAUUAACCUGGCGGACAAAUUUCUUGGAGCAACAACAGAAAAUACCCUUAAUGGAAUAACAGCAAAACCAGACCUGUAUCCUCAGACCUCCAAGAAAGUCCCAGAUGUCAACUUCUUCUUUCGAUCCUUAGAGGCCACCUCAUCUUGUGAAUCAGGCCGGAGUGCAGUGGUUUCACUUCGUUGUAACCCAGAAAAGAGCAUCAAAGGAGAGCUCUCAGUUCCCAGUCAGUGCCCUGCAGGAACGUGUGAUGGCUGCACCUUUUUUUUCUUGUGGGAGAGUUCUGGAGCCUGUCCUAUAUGCACUGAGAGGGACUAUCAUCAGAUAGAGGGUGUCUGUAAAGGAGGACAGCAGGACCUGCUGUAUGUGUGGAUUGAACCAAAACUGUGCAUGGGAGGUGUGGCCUUGCCGGACAAGAAGACAUUGCCAUGUGAGGGUGUGGAGUUCUGGCUACGACUUGGUGCAGGUCUAGGAGCUUUCACUGCAGUGCUCCUCGUCUCCCUCACCUGCUACUUCUGGAAGAAGAACAAAAGGUUGGAAUACAAGUACUCUCGGUUGGUGAUGUCUGCCAAUAAGGAGUGUGAAAUGCCAGGAGCUGACAGCUGCGCUGUGAUGGAGGGGGAGAAUGAGGCAGACAUGGAGGAUGAAGUUGUUUACACAAAACCAUCUCUUCUUGGCAAACUUAAAGCCCUAGCAUCCAAGGGAAAUGGAGAGAACUACGAAAACGUGCAGUUAAACUCGUCUCAUUCAAAAGCAUUGGUAUGGAGCUAAAACGAUGGCAAAGUGAGCGGAAGUAAGGGGAAACGUCCACCUUCCUCCCAAUCAACCCCUUUAAUCCACUGUCCCCUUUAUGAGCUUUGGUACCUGGAAUACCAACUGUGUGUAAACCAAACACAUAAACACACACCACGCACCUAGAGCCAGGUUCAGAGCAGUCACGCUAACACGGUGGCCUUAAAGCUCGGUACGAUAGAGCCUGCCCACUAGAGGCGUAGUACUGUGAAACAGGUGUGUGUGUGACUGACACUUCCUGGUAAUAUUUGACUCCAAACUGAUGUCAGGAAGGUUAUUAGAAGAGCUCAGGGUAAGACAAGGACCUAUUAGAUCUUCUGUUUGCUUUAUAUUUAUUUGUCUGAUUAGUGUCUAAUAUUAUUUCAGACACCUGGGGUGAGUUUUGCCAUGAUAGGUUUAAGCAUCCCCCCUCCCACGGGUGCGUAAACAGACUAUGUUUCGGGCAUAGCUUAUGAAGCCUGUAUUGCCUCAUUUGUUUGUUCUUUUGCUUUGCUGAAAUUAUUGUAAUAGGGAGACAUAUUUUGCUGUCAAGUUUAAAACAAAGAUGUCAUAUUAUGCAGAUGAGGUUGUGGUGUUGACUGUCCAUGUAUGUCAAAUAAAUUAUGAUGUAUUUAUGUAUAAGUGGA